CUAUUUCUCUUCGUGUCUAUCACGCGUUCACAGUCUCCACCUGAAGGUAGCAAUGGCGAUUGGAAUGUUCAGGAGGGUGAUACCUAGGGCAUCGACCUGGAGAUUCGUGCUGGCCCGGGCGCACGCGACUGAGGCCGAGGCGCAGCAGGUGGAGCCCAAGGCACGCGCCGCCGCGGCGCUGAAGACCUUCUCGAUCUACCGGUGGAACCCGGAUAGUCCAUCGAAGCCGGAGCUCCAAAACUACGAGAUCAACCUGAAGGAGUGCGGGCCGAUGGUGCUGGACGCGCUGAUCAAGAUCAAGAACGAGGUGGACCCAACACUGACAUUCCGGCGGUCGUGCCGGGAGGGAAUCUGUGGGUCCUGCGCGAUGAACAUAGACGGCUGCAACGGCCUGGCGUGCCUGACGAAGAUCUCAUCGGAGUCGUCCUCGACCAUGAUCACCCCCUUGCCGCACAUGUUCGUGAUCAAGGACCUGGUGGUGGACAUGACUAACUUCUACAACCAGUACAAGAGCAUCGAGCCCUGGCUCAAGCGGAAGAGUCCGCCGUCUGCACCCGGGAAGGAGAUUCUGCAGAGCAAGAAGGAUAGGGCCAAGCUGGAUGGGAUGUACGAGUGCAUACUCUGCGCCUGCUGUAGCACAUCCUGCCCCAGCUACUGGUGGAACCCCGAGUCCUAUCUCGGCCCCGCUGCUCUGCUCCACGCCAAUCGAUGGAUAAGUGACAGCCGUGAUGAAUAUACCAAGGAGCGAUUGGAUGCCAUAAAUGACGAGUUCAAGCUAUACCGCUGUCAUACCAUACUAAACUGUGCCCGUGCCUGUCCAAAGGGCUUGAACCCCGGAAAGCAGAUCACGCAUAUCAAGCAGCUCCAGAUAGCUAAGCGUUUGACUCUCUAGGUUUGUGAAGCAUGCUGCUGAUAAUGUUAAGCAUUUGGCCAGUUAUUCUGGGAUUUUGUUGAUGACCCAUGAACCAUUUGUAUCGAGUUAAUAAUAUGAAGCACUGAAUGUACUCCUAUCCCAUUUGUACCUAAAAAAAUUUGGAAAAUUGAAUUGUGUUGUUGUUGUUUGAUCUCAAAUAAAUGUUAAUAGAACUCCACCGAUCCAUCCGGAUUUUGCCAUUGGAUGUUA